CCCAGGUAGCCCGUGAUGGAGGAAGGCGCCCAGCCCAGGAGCGGGAGAGAUGCGCCUGGGGACUCUCGGCCCUGGCGGUCUUUAGUGGCGAGGCGGCGAGGCAAAAGGUGGUCCCCUGCUGCCCUCUUGUGGCCGCCCGGACCCCCUUGCCGGCCGCGGCUGCUCUGCGCACUGGGAGAGCCGCCAGCGGUGUUGCCCCCCGGGCCAAGAGGGGAAGCCGGCGACCCAGGGCUGCGGCGGCCUAGGCAGCUGGCCGGCCGGCUUCCUUCGGGGCCUGAGUUUCGUUUCCCCCCCGGUCCCCGCCCCGCAGACUUGGCAGAAAUGAAAGUGAAAGUGAACGAGGGCGCGAGCCCGAGAAGCGAGAUGGAGGCGGCGGCGAGGCGCGUCUGCAAGAACUGCCAGCGGGACGUGGUCGCCUCCAACUUUGCCCUCCACGAGGCUCACUGUGUGCGCUUCCUCUCCAUCUGCCCCAAGUGUGAGGAACUGAUUGCCUUGAGGGACAUGCCGGAGCACCUCGCCAGAGCCCACCAGCAGGUCAGGUGCCAGCGCUGUCAUCAAGCAAUGCAGCAAUACCUGCUGGAACACCAUGAGGCUGAAGAGUGCCGCGAGCGCCUGGCCGAGUGCCGCUUCUGCGAGCUGGAGAUGCCUUUCUGCCGGCUGCAGGCCCACCUGGAUGCGUGCGGCAGCCGGACCACCUUGUGCUGGGACUGUGGCAAGUACAUCAUGUACAAAGCCCUGAAGGAGCACAGACUCGCGUGCCGGCCUUGUGAGAGGCCGACGGGCCCCGGGAUCAAAGCCAAUUUAUGCCAGCGGUGUAAGGGUUGGUUCCCCGAUGAGAAGUACCUCCAGCACCUGGAUGAGUGCACGCCCCUCCCUCGGCUCCUGGGAGCUCCUCCCACCCACUCCUCCACAGAGUCCGGCUCCCCUCCGACCCUGGUGGCUCCCUCUUCCCCCACUUUGAGCCCCGCAGCUGAGAUGGACGUCCGGCCCAAGAGGAAGGAGAAGGAGCUGGCCUCCACAGGGAGGCCCUCGCUGAAGCCUUCCCGGAGCAAGAAGACUCCGGCCCGCCUGGCCUUCAGCUCCACUGUGCCGCAGGCCAUGGAAAACAAUGCUGCUGCCGCCACCGCCUAUGACCAGCUGGUGACUUGCUCUCAGUGCAACAUCCUCCUUCCGAGCCCCACCCUGCAGAAGCACGAGAAAAAGUGCAGGCGGGCAGCCUCCCUACAGGCACUGCGGAGGAGUCCUCGUUUCCUGAGAAAAGGAGAGGAGUCGAUGUAGAGCGCCCUCCUGCGGAAAGACCUCUGUUGGCAGCGGCGGCAGCAGCGAGGCUUCCCUGGGGCCCAGUGUGGUCCUUUUCCUCCCAGCAGGGGCAGGUUCAGUAAAGCGCUUUGCAAUGCAUGGGCCUGAUCUGCCUUAUUGAGAAUAAAAGAGCUACAAUUCA